CCCAAAACGCCCAGUGUGGCCUUACCCUUAUCAGUGCAUUUUGAAGCUUGUGCUGUGAGUGGAGAAUUGUAGAGAGCACUAGGACCCUGCAGACACCAGGAGGGAAGUCACAUGGGAGGAAGGGACGUAAGCUACAGAUCUGUGUAUGAAGGAGACUGAUACAGCUGGUAACUUAUACAACGUGGGACUGUUCCAUACUCAGAGUGACAAAUCCUGCCACAACCUAAGAAUGGCAGUAGUCAUCCGCUUACAGGGGCUUCCUGUUGUUGCUGGCUCAACUGAUAUUCGUCAUUUCUUUUCUGGAUUGCAUAUUCCUGAUGGAGGAGUUCAUAUUACUGGCGGAAAGCAUGGGGAGGCCUUUAUUAUAUUUGCAACCGAUGAAGAUGCUCGACGGGCAAUGAGCCGCUCAGGAGGCUUCAUAAAGAAAUCACGAAUUGGGCUUUUUCUCAGUAGUAAGGCAGAAAUGCAACAUACCCUUGAGAUGAAUAGAAAAGGAAACAAAGAUUUGGGGCCAACACCUGAUAAUUCAAAACUGCUGAAUGUCAUGAAGAAAGGUGUUUAUCAGAAAAACAUGGGCAAUAAAAGCAAUGCAGAAGCUGGCUUCGAUGGUAGUGGAGCAAAGCACAAGGAAGAAAAUGUUCCAAGGCCAAAAUAUCAAGAGAAGGACGGCACAAGGCCAUUAACAGUUAAUCCUUAUGGAUAUGUAUUUUUGCAUGGGCUUCCAUACACAGCAGGUAAACUUGAUGUUAAAGAAUUUUUUCAUGGUUUCCAUGUGGAAGAUGUACAGUUAUCUGUUCAUCAAAAUGGGGUUAGAGAUGGAAAUGCUCAUGUUAAAUUUGCCAGUUUUCAGGAUGCAAAGGCAUCUCUUUCACGUAAUAAUGAAUACAUUGGUAAUAGAUACAUAACUAUAAAACUGAGCACUGAACAGAGGUGGAUUAACGCUGUUCGCAAAGCUGCUGGGAGUCAAGAGUCCAAUCAUAAUAAUAGGGAAUCGUCACCCAGAUUUUCUUCAAAACAUCAUUCAAGAUCUCCAGGUCAUGGAUCCAGAUCUCCAAAGAUGCACAGAACAAGGUCACGCUCACCUCAUAAUCAGCAGUUCUACUUACACCUCUUAAACAUGCCAUAUUCUGUGGAUAGAAAAGAUAUUAAAUUGUAUUUUGGCGAUCCAGAUAUUCCAGAUUCACAGGUUAAAUUCUUACUUGAUAGAAAUGGUGACCGGACAAGAGAAGGCUUUGUUUUGGUCAAAAAUGAAAAGUUUUAUAAGAAAUGCCUUGGCUUACACAAAGGCCUUUUAAAUGGCCGGGAAGUUUGGGUGCACCCCAUUACCCGAAAGGAUAUGUUAGAGUUAAUUGAAUCGACAGAGAGACCACAGCUAGAAAGAAACACCUCAGAAGACCCUUCUCCAGGGAGGAAAUCCAGGGACCGUUCAAACCUAGAGAGAUGUAUGUAUUUGAGAAACUUUCCAUUUAAUGUUAGUAAAAGUGAGAUUCAAAAAUUCUUUGCUGGAUUUCCAGUGGAUGAACAUGAUAUUUUUUUGCUGUAUGAUAGUAGAGGUGUUGGUCUUGGUGAAGCGCUUGUUAUCUUUCCUUCGGAGCACCAGGCUAUCCUUGCUGAGGGCUUGAAUCAGCAAACAUUCUUGGGAACAGAAGUGUUACUCAGACGUAUCUCAGAAGAACAAAUGAAAGAACUUGGAGCCUUCCCUGAGGAUCACAUUGAGAGAGAACCCAAGCAAUCCACUAGUUAUAGAGAUGAAUAUCCAGAAACUGCUGAACAGAGUUUUGGGGAUUCUGAUUAUGCACGCGGCUCAUAUGACCUGCCCCGACCUUAUAGUGCCGUUGACUUUGGACAUGGUUCUAGGAGCGUAAGGCGCUCCCAUGAUAUAAAUCAAGAUGAGCACUAUGGGAGGUUUCAUAUGGGAAACCAGAACGCUACAGGCUAUGAGUCUGGGCCAGUAAAUUGGCCAAGGUCAAGUGGAGCGUCAAUACGUUUGAAAAAUGUUCCAUAUACUGCUACUAUUCAAGAAAUUUUAGAUUUCUUUUAUGGUUAUAAUGUGGUUCCUGAUUCUGUAGAAAUGGAUUACAACUCCAAAGGAACAGCUAUAGUACAUAUGGAAAACUAUGAUGAGGCUGCAGCUGCUGUUAAUGAACUUAAUGAAAGGCCUAUUGGACCACGUAAAGUCCAUAUGAGUCUAAUAAGGCGCUAAGACAGACCUGCAGUGGUAAAUGCUAUAUUGUCCCAGUUCAUAAAAGGUCAUGCGUUUAUAGUUAGUCUAGUGUCAUACUCCCUUGCAUGAAUAGUCACAAGGCCCAUUAAAAGCUAUUUUUUAUUUAAUUCCUUAGUUUGUCUCCAUUAAGUUUAGUGACAUCCGUCAUCUGAUUAUUUUUAAAUAUAAAAUUGUGAUUUGUUAAAAUAUUUGGAUUAAUGACUUUAGUUCAGAAUAAUUAUUUUACUAUUUCUUGACUUCUUAUUGUGUACUGAAAAAAAUUGAGGAUUAAAACAUUUGCCUUCACAGUCAGUCUUUGUAUUCCUCAGUGGAAGUUUUCCCUAUUCACAUUUUUAGGGCAAGGGUUAUUUUUUUCCCCUUUAUUUCAGCGGUAAGAAGUUUGUGGGUCAGUGUUACAGUGCAAACGAUGAAAAACUGUAACACUCUAGUAUCCCAAUUUGACCUUGCUUAAUGAAAGGCAAGCAGGUCCUUCCCAGCCGAAAGGUGUUUGCCUUUCUUUUCUGGAGACGGCUUAUGGUUUUGAAGGCUUUCAUGAAUGGUAAAUAAUCCUAGUUUGAGAGGCAUCCAGAAGAAAAGAAGAAAAGCCUGCAGCACAAAUCACAAUAUAGAAAAAUGGUUUAUACUACGUUAUUUCCUUCUAAGAUUGGGAUACCCAUUAUGCCAAUUGAAAAGUCUACACUGGAUGUUAAUCAUCUACUAUCCUUGAAGUUAAUUUCAUCUUACAGUUUUUAAUUAGAAGUUUAGUUCCUCACUAGUAACUAAUGAUAAAAGAAGGUUGUUCUCAGAGCCAUGUGGCAUGCUUGAUAAUUCCAGGUGUUUGUUACCAGAGUUCACUCUUACAUCACUUCUGAGUUGAUAAGAAGAUUUGAGUCUGAAAUGUUGGUCCUUCCAUCAGACCUUCAGGAUUUUGUUCAGAUCAGACCCACCAGUGAGUCUGAAACUGCUUCUUCAAUGUAAAAGAAAAAUAUUCUUGAUUGGACGUAAUUUGGCACAUGGGGCCCUUUGAGUUUAUUAUUGAGGGGAAUGGUUUAGCUCUCCCGGUGACAUUUUGAUUACAACUUCAGACUACCACGUUUCUUGGUGUUUGAUUAACAUAUGUGUAAUCAAACAUAUAAAUGAGAUUUGAUUUUCUCUUUAAAUUCAAAAAAUGUCUCAUCUUUAUGGUACUUGGUUGACAACUUGGUUGGUACUUGGUUGACAACUUUGUGGUGUCACCUAAAAUAACUUUCCCGUUUUAAGAAACCAGAGUAUGUGUUGCAGCUGCCUUUACUUUAGCUUUCUGAUGUUGGUACAUUUUUUUUAAGUAAAGGAGCAGCUGCAUUCAAAAAAAAAAAUAGUAUAUAAGUGUACUUUUUGCAAAUUCACUGUGAGCUCAGUCUGCUCCAGAAUGACCACCCAUAAAUGAAGAUCCUGGCAAAGAAGGUAUCUGUCCAAUGGAUUCUUGCGCUACGGACACAAUUGCUGGUACGCUUCAAACUCCCAUUUUUAUUGGGUUUGUUACUAUGCUUCUAGAACUGUCAGUGAUCUGAACUUUGGAG